GUAAAUGAUGAAGGUCACACUUAAACUGUAACUGAGAUGUCUGAUUUGUAGGAAGCUCAGUUUAAAAUAAAAGCCUUUCUCUUUCUCUGUAUUUCUUUUAUCUUUUUGGUUUGUUUUCGUGGAGAAAGAUCUAUUCUAAUGGAUUAUGAAAGGAUACACAAAGUUCAGGGUGGCAUAUCUCCAAGUAAGCUGAGGAUGAAGCUGAUGGGGCCUCAUCACAAUAGAAAGAAGGAUGGAUCGAACAAUAACUCUGCAAGAACAUCUCCUUCCAAGCUUGAGGAUUCUGAGUUUGUCAGAAACAGCUUAUUAGCCACUAAGAAUGGAGAUUUUAACGAUGAAGCAGUUGCAGCUCCAAGUUUAGAAGUUGCCAGUGAGGUCGGUUUGGAACGCAACCAAGGUGAUCUAGCUUCUUUCCAGCCAAGGGAAAACAGUGAUGUUGGUGCAGUCAAAAAGCCGCAAUUCACAAAGGGUGAUAGUGGUAAUUCGAGUGCAAUUCACCCAAUGAGAAUGCUUGAAGAUGAUAAUCUAGAUUAUGACAGUAAUGCUAGUUCAUCUAGCUUUGAGUUUCAUAAAGGGGAGAGGUCAGGACACAAUGCCGUGGCAAGAUCCUUCUCAAGACCUAUGCCAUCUAAGUGGAACGAUGCUGAGAAAUGGAUAAUGAAUAGACAAAAUGCACAAGCUAACUAUUCUAAGAAGAAUACUUUCCACAACCAAGCUUAUAGGUUGCCAGUGACAAACAUCAUGCGAGUUGCUCCAGAAUAUGCAACUUAUGAUCAUAAGCCAUCAAUUACCAGGCCAGCAGACACAGAGUUUGUAGACUUUUGCCAACCUUCAUCACAAAUGGCUUUUGAGAAGUUUGCUUUUGUUCCCUCUGGGACUCAUCAGGGAUUCAGGGGUAAUGCAUUGACUGAUGCAUAUCCUCAAAGUAAGGAUUUGACUGAGGUUGGGCAGGGUGAGCUAUCUUGUGCAAAAGGUUCAGCCGAGGAUGCAUCCGUUGUUCCAGCCAUAAGAUCAGUAUGUAUGAGAGAUACGGGAACAGAAAUGACUCCCAUGACAAGUCAAGAGCCUUCGAGGACUGCAACCCCUAUAGGGGCAACAACACCACUCCGUAGCCCAAAUUCUUCAAUUCCAUCUACGCCUAGGGUAGGGGCACCAGAAUCCACACCUGUGGAUCACAACACAGAUGAUGAAUCAGAACACCCCCUGGAAAAUGGUAAAAGGGAACUGUCUGAGCAAGAAAUUAAGGAAAAGACGCGAAGAGAGAUUGUUGCUCUUGGUGUCCAGCUUGGAAAGAUGAAUAUUGCUGCUUGGGCUAGUCAAGAUGAGCAAGAAAAGAAUACUUCUUCUGUAGAAACAGCUGAUAUAGAGGAGCCUGAGCAGAUCGAAUUUGAAAAACGUGCUGCUGCAUGGGAAGAAGUUGAAAAAUCAAAGCAUGCAGCAAGAUUUAAACGUGAAGAAAUCAAAAUUCAAGCAUGGGAAAGCCGGCAGAAAGCAAAACUAGAAGCAGAGAUGCGAAGAAUAGAGGCUGAAGUUGAACAAAUGCGAGCUCAAGCUCAAGCAAAGAUGGUGAAAAAGAUAUCAAUGGCACGCCAAAGAGGAGAAGAAAAAAGGGCAGCGGCUGAAGCAAGAAAAAAUGUAGAUGCAGAAAAAGCAGCAGCACAAGCAGAAUAUAUUAGACAAACGGGACGGUUGCCGUCAACCCAUUUCACAUGUUGUGGUUGGUUGUGAUAACUAGAAACAAUGAAUAAAAGAAAACUGCUCUUACAUUCAUGGAGUUUAUGAUCCAAGUAAUGUUAAUGUAUUCACAGAAUGUCCUGAGUUUGCAUUGUUGAUCUUUGAGAAAGAUACAUUAUAGGGGUCAUGCUUAAGAUAAAAUCUUAAUCUUCUUGAUCUUUUAAUUUAGUGAAAAGAACCACAGAUGAUAACAUCCUAAUUUGCUUUU